UUCCUUGUGUAUAUACGAUUCAAGCUUUUGUCUUUAACAUCGCAGCAUUCCCGUUCCUGGAUCUCGGAGGAUGACAUCUACAAGCCCCAGCUGGAGGAGGUGUCUGAUCACGACGAGGUGCCUCCACCUGCCGUUACGCCUGAGCCCAAGGUCUCUCAGUCCCCUCCCAGUGUCGUCCAUCGCAGACAAAUAGGACUGUCCAACCCGUUUCGUGGUUUGCUGAAGCUCGGACAUCUCGAGAGACGAGGUGCAAUGGGGUUGUGGCGAGACUAUUACUGCGAGCUGUCCCCCUUUGAGUUCCGCCUGUAUUUCAACGCUGAGGAGCGGGACUGUUGUGACAACUGCACCCUGGUACGGUGUGAGGACGCUCGUGUCACCUUACCCGAGGGUCGCUUCGAGUUGACCUUUCCUGGGAAGCGACUCUACCUCCGAGCGGCCAAUCGUGGUGAAGCUGAGGACUGGGUGGACCGGAUCGCGGAGGCCGUCAACAAAUGCCGGCCAGCGCCUCGUGCCGAUGAGCAGUGGGAGGUGCUACAACCGUGCAGUGAGAAUGGUGCAGAUGAACGCACACUUUCAUCCGCGUCCUCCACCCCCUCCAGCCCUGAAAGAGGGUUAGUACACAUGGACAAUAAUAGUUGCGGAGGGCUGGAGGCACCUCCUCCUCUGCAGGAGUUCGACUGGACUCGGACGACUGAUUUAGAAACGGACGCCAUCAAAGAAGCAGUUUUGUACGUCUCCACAGAUGCUGAAGCUCGGACAUGGGUACCUCUGAUCUUCUCCCUCUCCUUAGAGGCCCUGAAAGGCUUUCGGGUGCAAGGCGGGAGGAAGUUUCAGCAGCUAAACCACACCAUUGAGGAAAUUCGGGAUGUGGUGCCUGACGUCUCCCUUGGAGGUCCGGCCUUUUUCAAACUCUUGACCGUGAGGGAUGCGCUGAGACUCAGGGCAGAGAGCGCAGAGGAGGCUCGCUCUUGGAGGGUUUUGAUCCGUGGAGCUCUGGACUCUUACCUGGAGAGUGGGGAGGACGAUGGCUGCGAGGAGCCCGCUGCAGUACGCCUGGGGGUGACUGGGAAUCUCCACAGGCUGGUGCAGCACAGGCUGAAGGAAGAUGGAGCCCUUUUAGUUCAUCUUUGCACCGUACCCUCGGAGAAGGGUCUGGACUCUCAGAGCUUCAAAUGUGCAGGAUGUUCUCAGCAGAUUGGUCCGUCCCUGGGCAGAGCCAGGUUGUGUGAGUUCUCAGGCCAGUACUACUGUGAGUCCUGUCACCACGGUGACAUCACCAUCAUCCCCUCACGCAUAGUGCACAACUGGGACCUCACACAACGAGAGGUGUCUAAGAAGGCCCUGCAGCUGCUGGCUCAGGUCGAAUACGAGCCUCUGCUCAACCUGGAGCAGUUAAACCCUGAGUUAGUGAAGCACUCAGAGUCCAUGGCUCAGGCGCACAACCUGCGGCAGAGACUGCGUCUCCUCGGCGACUACCUGCUCACCUGCCGCAGCGGAGCCUACAAGAAACUGCAGGCCAGAAUGGGGCAGCGAACGUACUUGCUGGAGUCGAGCCACCUGUACAGUGUCGUAGAUCUGCAGGAGAUCGCAGACGGCCGAUACGCAAUCUACCUGUUGACACUGCUGCAGUUUGCCUCCAGCCACGUGUUUCAGUGCGACCUGUGCACGCAGCGCGGCUUCAUCUGCCAGAUUUGCCACGCCGAUGACACCAUCUUCCCCUUCCAGUUCGACAGCACCACCAGGUGUAAAGAUUGUAAAGCUGUGUUUCACCUGGCUUGUAAAGCUCCGGGUGUCUCGUGUCCUCGCUGUCAGCGAAUGCAGAAAUACCGGGAGAGGGAUCUUCAGGACUGAGCGCAGCGAGCACGACGGCGACGGGCUGACUCUUUCAGGAAGCUAGACGGCCGCUUGUGGGGAGAAAAAUAAAACUAAACUAAAUCUAGCUUUGACAUGAAGUAACCUCAAGUGCAAUUAUGAGUGUGAUUAACCUGCUCCAACUGACCUUAAGGCCAAGGGUGGAGUCGGAGCCUCAGUGCCACAGGAGUCUCAUUGACGGGGACAUUGACCUGAGAGAUCCAAUCACAAGUGCUGUGGGAUGCAUGUGCUCACAUUCUGUUGGCUGUGGGAACACGGACCCGCCGCAGUUUCACAAUGAAUCAAAUGUAUUUUUACUCUUCUCAUCGAUUCGCUCAGCCUCCGCUGACUCUCUCUCUUUCUCUUUCUCUCUUUUAUUUUUGCUGAUUCAGACACACACAGUCGUCAGUAGAGAGAAACUCAUAAAGCAUUAAAAGAACCACUUCCAUACCGGGUUACUAGCAUUAAGCUGUUCAAAUAUGCAAUACGUAUUUAUUUAUUUUUCUAAAUUCCAGGUAUCGGAAUCGGUAAAGGAAAAAAUGGAAUCCGAACAUCUCUCGUCAACUCUCACAUCUGUAAACUGAGAGAAAACAGCGUCAUCUGAUCUCAACGAACUGAGCUAACGAGGGUUUACCAGCAUUAAUACUCGAAGCUGACCACUCGUGAUCGGAUCUCUCAGGACGGACGUUGGUACCGGGAGUGAAUGUGGCCACUGAGCCUCGGGAUGCUGACGCGAUGCAGCCAAAUGUUACUGACUUCAAUACCUCUCUGAAUUCUGAUUCAGCCGCGGCAUCAAAAGAAGGACGGUGACGGACGCUGCCAAGAAUCGUUUCUGCUGCAAUUUUUAUUUCCUCUGUCUUAGUGUUUGAAAAAAAAAAAACAAACAUUGUUGACCCAUCAUGUUUACCACAGAUGCUCUGAAAGACGCAUUUUCAGCACAGCACAGCAGCAGGUCGCGUUCUGCUCAUGCAAAAUAAGGAAAACAGCACUCGACCUGUUUGAAUCAACUCAUCUCGAUCGUGCCUUCUUCUUAAUUCAAGCUUUACACUACUGUUAGGGCCAAAAAUAAUCACGUAGGCUUUUUAUUUUCUGGAUUGCCAUUUGAUGGAAUUACACUGCUGCAUUACACAUCUGUCGCCAGGAAGAUAAUAUAUUGGUUAGAGAGGUUUAGAGGAGAGAUUGAAAAUAGAUUUAUUAUGCUGCUUGUUCCAAAUUCGCUGAUUUAAAUGAAUUAUUAACAUCUGGCAUAAAAACCUUUUGUUGGUGCAAAUUCAGAUUCUUUUGAGAUUUAAAUCACUGGAUCUCAUUUCGCAUAUUUGCACUUAGCGCUGACUGUUAGACGGAUAUUUCGACCACAGUUUAGUCACAAUGUCCUUGAGUAUAUGAAAUGACACCACGGAGCUGUCUUGUGACAUUUUCCCGUGUUGCUCGGUUUUAGUUUGGUCUCCUGAAUAUUUGACUCUGACGUAGAGAGGAAGUCGCAGAGUCACAUAAUAAUGUGUUCGGAGAGAACAGAAGUCAGUGACGGUUUACUCAUCAAAUCCAUUUUGAUAUUUGCAGGAAACAGAAUUCUGCAACACUGUUUUUCCUGGUUUGUAUUUUUUUAUUUUCAUCUCAUCGAGUAUUUGCUGUAUAAAUGAUAUUAAGGAAUAAAUGUCAGUGUGUGUCACUUUA